CUCUGCUUCAAAUCAAGAGAUAAACAAAACUUUUACACUUCUGUUCAUUUGACAUUCGCCGAUAAAACAUUGAACUUGAGACAUCAAUUAAAAGCUUCUCAACACAAUUUUGAUCAGAAAUAAUUAAUUUUGUAAAAAAAAGUAAACUAUUUUUGCGAAAGUUUUCAGGGUUUAACUCAAAAUGUCUUCCAAGUUUUACUACUUUGGUUUUGGGAGUAAUCUUCUAGCCAAGAGAAUACACAUACAAAAUCCUACGGCGGUGCGCAUAGGACCUGGGAAGCUGGAAAAUUACCAACUUGAUUUCUUUACGAGUUCCCGCACUUGGUAUGGCGCGCCCGCGACCAUAGUACCCAAACAGAGCGCCUGUGUUUUUGGCGCUAUUUGGGAGAUUGAUAACAGCAAUUUAAAGGAUUUAGAUGAUCAAGAGGGUGUCUCCUAUGGCAUUUAUGUGCCGAUCACAGUGCCGGUACUGGAGCUUAACAGCGACAAGGUGAUGGAGUGCCGCGCCUAUCAUUUAACAAAUCAACCAACGGGUGACGUGCGAUGCCUGAAACCCGAAGAGAUACCCUACGAUCGUCAGCCAUCGAAAACAUAUAUGAAAACUAUUGUGAAAGGUGCUUUGGAGACAUGUCUGCCCGCGGAGUACGUGCAGUGGCUGCGUACCAUUAAACACAACGGCAAGAUGGUCGAUGCGUUGGAAAAGAAAUUGGAAUUGCAAGAUGUGAACUUGUAAGCGCAGUUGAGGGCCAUAGAAACUUUGCCAGCAGAGUGAAACUUAAAGAGUUUACUCAAUUAUAAGACAAAGAAAUACACCUAAAGCAUUUGGAUAGGAACCUAGGAGUUUUUAUUAAUCAGUUCGUACAAGUGAAUAGAAUUGGAAAAGUUAUGAAAUUUAUAAUA